AUGAGGUGGCAUGCGAGUUCUGAGAAUUUAGAUGGCAAGUUAAGACACCCUAGAGAUGGAAAGGCUUGGAAAGAGUUUAAUCAACAGUUUCCAGAGUUUGCAUCAGAGCCAAGGAAUGUAAGGCUCGGACUAGCACCAGACGGAUUCAACCCUUUUGGUAGUAUGAAUACAAACUACACUGUAUGGCCUGCGCUUCUGUUUCCUUACAACUUCCCGCCUUGGAUGUCAAUGAAGCAAACAUCUAUGAUCCUUUCAAUGAUGAUACCUGGGAAACAUAUGCCGGGUAAUGAGAUUGACAUAUACCUACAGUCUCUUAUCGAAGAACUAAGAGAGUUAUGGGAUGAUGGUGUGCCAACUUAUGAUGCUUCUUUGAAAGAGACAUUAUCUUGUCCUUCUUGUAACUUUGAUGCUAAGGAGUUUCGUCUAUGCCAUGGGAAGAAGAAUUGCUACAUGGGACAUCGUAGGUUUCUUCCUGAAAAUCACAUGUUUCGGAAAGACAAACAACAUUUUGAUGGUUUCACAGAAACAAGGCUUCCUCCGAUUACACUAUCUGGCACUGUUAUUCUCGAGCAACUUGAAGGCUUAGUUGUUACAUUAGGCAAGAAAGUAGACUUAGUUGGGAGGAAAAGAGGCCGAGCAGAUGAAGUACUUCAGUGGAGGAAAAGAAGUAUAUUUUUCAAGUUACCUUAUUGGAAACAUCUUCUCUUGCAUCACAAUCUUGAUGUGAUGCAUAUAGAGAAGAAUGUGUUUGAUAAUCUUGUCUUUACAAUACUAGAUGACAAAAACAAGUCCAAAGAUCAUCUUAACGCGAGGAAGGAUCUUCAUGCACUUGGUAUUCGCUCUGAGUUGUGGCCUGAUCAAAGUGGCAAAUAUCUUCCAGCCUGUUUCACAAUGACCAAGAGAGAAAAAGAUAUGUUUCUUACCAUAUUGAAGAGUGUAAAGCUAUCUGACGGGUAUUCUUCUGAUAUUUCCAAGUGUGCUGAUCUAAAUCAACGAAAGCUGGUGGGUUUAAAAAGUCAUGACUGCCACAUUUUGAUGGGUCAAUUACUGUCUAUUGCAAUCCGCAAUGUAUUGCCACAAGAAGUAGUGUUUGUUGUCAUAGAGUUAUGUAGCUUCUUUCGGGAUAUAUGUUCGAAAGUAUUUGAUACCAAGGAGCUGGAUCAUUUACAAGAGCAUAUUUCACUUACUCUCUGCCACUUAGAAAUGAUAUUCCCUCCAUCAUUUUUCACUGUGAUGGUGCAUUUGAUCAUUCAUCUGACAGAAGAGGUGAAACUAGGAGGUCCAAUUCAUUUUCGUUGGAUGUAUCCAAUUGAGAGGUACCUUCUGUUAAUUCUUUGCUUGAUUCUAGUUUGCUUGAUAGUUUGCUUGAUAGUUUCUUAA